GGCUGAAAGGUCGGUCGACUCACCUUUGCUAUGGUCGAGCGACAGUUUAAGAGCUAGGUUAGUGUGGUAGCGACGUGACAACAUUUUAAGCAGCAUUUAUCCUGAUUUUAUCAUUGUCAGCUGAAGAACAUCAGGUAAGAAAGGAAGACACCAGCAUGAGUGAUGGGAUGGGAUGGGGAGGCUGUAAUCUGUCGGCCCAUUUACAUACUGAUGAAUGCAAUGAACUGAUAGCUCUACUCAAACAGUGCCAUAAGGAGCACAACGUCCUCAAGUUCUUCGGGACGUGUAAUGAUGCGGAUCGUCUGAUGCGGGAGUGUCUCAAGAAGGAGUAUGCGGCAAAGAGGGAGCGGAGUAAGGCUCAUGCGGCUGAGAUGAGACAGCGCUUGAAGGAAGGACCUAAAGUUUAACCCUAAACUGAAAACACCUUCCCAGAACUGCAGGCUGAGCUAGAAUAUGAGUGGACAUCUAUGCUGUGCAGGAUGUAGUGAUGGGUUGCUGGAUGUAAUGAUUAUGGACCCUGGAGUAAUUUAUAGAGAAGAAGCACUUUCAGUACAGUGUAUUGAAACAGAGAUGAUGCUGGAGAUUUUAUUAGGAUUGUCUUGCAACUAAUUAUACCAAUAAUAAUCUCAGAAAUUACUCUGUGUGGAGUGUGUAUGCUGUGUGUGAAUGCUUGUGACAAAUGUUGUACACUUUUCCUGUAUUGUGUUUUAAGUAAUGAUCAUCCAAAAUCAAAAUGGACAUGUAUGCUUAAAAUAAUAAUGAAGCGAAGUUACACCUUGCUGAACAGGGAAGGAUUAAGUGAUACAAAUACAUGAGGAAUCCAAGAACUGCAUUAAUUAUCAUUUAUUAGAUACUGCUCACCCAUCCCACAGAAUGAAGACAGAGUAUCCUACUGACACAGAGGAAAUACGACUUCUAAGGCACCCAGAAAUAUUCAGAAACUAGACUGAGGAAUGGGAACGUUAUGCUUCUGCAGUGUAGAUGCAGCGGGACUGAAUCAAAUACAUAUCACUGUCCAAAAAAAACAUGCAUCUCCUAAAUAGUAACUUUACAGGAGAAGCCAAAAACCCUCUUAACUUGUAAUGUCAAGAGAUUUUAUUCCAAUUGAUUUUGGAAUAAAUAUUUUCAUAAAGUUAAGGGCAGCUGCUAAAUUCGAAUGAUGUAGAAAAAAAAAAAAAAGGAAAUACAUGGGUUUUUUUGGACAGUAACAAUAUACACUCUAGGAUGAGGAGGAAAAUUUUUUUUUAAAAAUUUGGCUGUUAAUGAUAUUAAAGUGAUAGAAAACCAAAUGAAUAUAGGUUACAGCCGAGUACAUGAAUACGUUUUUAACAAUGGAGCAACAGCAAAUAUACAUUUUCAAAUGAUUUUCCAUUGUUACAAAGGGAAGUUUCUUCCCCUCUGUGCAUAAAACCCAGUUGUUUUGCACAGUUCCAUCAUGCCUAAAUAAAAAAGUAAUGUCACAAUCAUAAAUUAUAGUAUUACAGAUUAUAGUAUUGUAACCACAAUGUAAAUAAUUUUGCUAUUUAAUAUAUGCACAAUGCAAUUUGCUCUGAAAACACAAAGUUGGCUCUUAAAAGCAAAGAGUAUUGAUAAGUUACGACAAAACUCAUAAGUAGUUUACUACAGCCAAAUCUUCCUUAAUUAUCACAGCUUUAAAAAGCACUCAAAUCAAAUCAACUACUUAAUAAAAGGUAGCCACACACACAAAAAACAAAACAAAAAACUUACACUGAUAUUUGCCUAACUAUGCAUGUGUAUUGCAUACUGGGACUGGGCAGUUAGGUACAUUAUCCCACAUAUAAUCUGGAUGCCACAACACCCAUCUGAAUCACUGAAAAGAGGAAGAACAGCAGGGAACCACAGGAGGACGAGUAUUAAUAUGUAAUGGCACUGUUGAUCCACAGGAUUGACUGCGAGAUAUUUUGUGUCAUUCUCAAUAAAUAAAAAAACAAACUGUGCAAGAUUUCUAACAUUACUUACUAUGGCAAUACAAAAAAACAAAAACAUACCCUCAAAUAUGAAGAUCUGACGAGCAACAUUUAUCUACAAUAAUAUACAUGCAUAAUCACACGAGAUAACAGCAUGUUACACAUUUAACUCUGCUUUUGUACAGCUGCUGAAUAUAUGUCUUAAUAUAUUCUUAAUUUGUACAAAACAAUUAUCUUAAUUAUCCUACAACUGUAAGUAUAUAAACCAGUAUAUUCAUAUAUAUGUGUAUUUAUCCUGAAAACAUCACAUGCAGAGAUACGUCCACAUCUGCAUUAUUUCCACAACACCAACAGCCUAACUGACAAAAAAGUGCAGAGACUGAAGAUUACUUUGGAACAGAAACAAAAAUGUUUCAUUAAAUUCUUUACAAAAAUACACAACAAAUUGUGACAUUUCAUUAAAAUAAUCCUCUGACGUCUUAAAAUAUAUUCACAAAUUCAACACAUAUACCUUUGCAUCUAUGUGUUUUCUUUUUUGUUUUUUUUUCUGUCAUACCACAGGAUCGACAUAUCCACUAAUUUUUCUUGAGGGAAACUGAUAGGCAGUCAAUCUAGAUUCUGCCUCAGUGCUCAGUUAACCUGAAACUGUCACAGCGAUGGUGAGUCCUUCAAGUUCUUCACCACAUCCGGCUUCUUGAUGGCUUCCUUCUUACCAAAAAAGCACAAAA